AUGGCAGCGAAAUCCGAUGGUCGCGGGGUCGUCACCGGUUUCGCCCAGCUGCACAACCUGGACGAGGUGGUGGGGACGGGAGAGGACGACACUCGGAACGGCAGCUCAUUCCACAUCUGCCACUGCUGCAACACCUCGUCGUGCUACUGGGGCUGCCGGAGCGCCUGCCUGCAUUACCUCCGGGGGAAGGGGAAGGGGAAGGAGAGAGAUGCGGCGCGGCCACCGCAGGAGGAGCGCCUCUGGCUGGACUGCCUGUGGAUCAUCCUGGCACUGCUGGUCUUUUUCUGGGACGUGGGGACCGAUUUGUGGCUGGCCAUCGACUACUACCACAAGCAGGACUUCCUGUGGUCGGGCCUGACCCUGUUCUUCGUGCUGGUGCCCUCGGUUCUGGUCCAGAUCCUGAGCUUCAGGUGGUUUGUGCAGGAUUACACUGGGGGCGGACUGGGCUCCGUGGAGGGGCUGAGUAGUCGAAGAGCUACAGUCGCUGUGCAAAGAGACAGGUGCUGCCGCCUUUCUGUCUGGGUCUGGCAGACCAUCAUACACAUCUUUCAGUUGGGACAAGUGUGGAGGUACAUCCGCACCAUGUAUCUCGGUAUACAAAGUCACCGGCAGAAGCAGAACCAGCGGCGUUUUUACUGGGCUAUGAUGUACGAGUAUGCCGAUGUCAACAUGCUGCGACUGCUGGAGACCUUCUUAGAAAGCGCCCCUCAGCUGGUGCUGCAGCUCUGCAUCAUGAUCCAGAGCAACAAGGCUGAGUGGCUGCAGUGUGUUUCUGCCAUGUCCUCCCUCUUGUCCCUGGCCUGGGUGCUAGCCUCUUACCACAAACUGCUGCGUGAUUCACGUGACGACAAGAAGAGCAUGAGUUACCGAGGUGCUCUGGUGCAUCUGUUCUGGCGCCUUUUUACCAUCUCCUCACGGGUGCUCUCCCUUGCCCUAUUUGCCUCUGUUUUCCACAUCUAUUUUGGCAUUUUUGUGGUGCUCCACUGGUGUGCCAUGGCUUUCUGGGUCAUCCAUGGCGGCACCGACUUCUGCAUGUCCAAGUGGGAGGAGGUACUGUUCAACAUGGUGGUGGGCGUGGUCUAUGUUUUCUGUUGGUUCAAUGUACGCGAGGGCCGGACACGGUACAGAAUGGUGGCCUAUUACACGGUAGUACUGUUAGAGAAUGCCAUUCUCAGCUCCCUUUGGUAUGCUUACCGCGACCCAGCCACCACUGACGCCUAUGCCUCUUUUGCCCUCUGUGGCGUCUUCCUGUGCUUUGCCUCAGGUGUGGCCUGUAUGGUUCUCUAUUACGGGGUUCUACACCCCAUGGGCCCACGGCUUAGGGUGCUGGCCAGCUCCUGCUGUGCUGAGCUGCUGUGGGGCCUUCCGUUACCACCUGAGGCCGAGCCCAUGGCUCCCACUCCAGGCCCCCGUGGCUCUCAGGCCACCCCCACACGGGGUUUGGCAGGGGAGUAUGUGGAGUCAGAUGAAACAGCCACAGACACCUGCCUUCCGGUUUUCCAGGUAAGGUCCACAGAGCCUGUGGAUGCAGCUGGCAGGCCUAUCCGGCCUGAGGGUCCUCUCAUCAAGAUAGACAUGCCCAGAAAACGCUACCCAGCCUGGGAUGCCCACUUUGUGGAUCGGCGCCUGCGCAGGACCAUAAAUGUGCUGCAGUACAUUAGCCCUAACGCGGUGGGCAUCAGGUAUAGGGACGGUCCGCUUCUUUAUGAACUCCUGCAGUACGAAUCCUCCCUCUGA